UUUUCUUGUCAAAAACCCCAAAAGAAAUAUUGCUUUGUGGCAAAUACAGCGCGCAGAGAAUGGCUAGUGGCUUCUUGUUGACUGCUGCUUCAUUUCUACCUUCCCAAAGAAAUGAAGUUGGUGGUCUUCUGGGACAAAUGAGGAGCUCAUUCCAAGGGAAAGUAGGAUAUAAGCAAUGUUUUUUAAGAAGAGCAUCCAAUAGUCCUCGUGAAGGCAAACUUCUUGUUGCAUCAGUGCUUGGGAGGAAGGUCCAAAAGAAAGAAACUGUGGUUCCUGACCCGGAUUAUCGCAUACCAGUUGUCCUACUCGGUCUAGCUGGUGGAUUAGCUUAUACUGAUAACCUAUUACCAGCUGCUCCUGUUGGUCUACUUGGGUUGCUUCUGUUGUUCCAGACUACUCGAGUUAGAUUUGUCUUCGAUGACGAGGCACUGGAGGUGAAAGUAGGGGACCAGCUUCAGGAUUCAGGUGAAAAUGUCUUUGUGGGUGGUAAAAACCGUUGGAAGUACUCAUCAUUUGUGAAUUGGGAACUUUGGUGGCGAAGUUUUCCAAUUCUGGUGUAUUUUAAGGAGACUCAGACAAAGCCUGAAGGACAAGUUCACUUUUUCCCAGUCAUUUUUAAUGGAAAACAACUCUAUGACGUGAUGGUAGAGAGAGCCGGUCCUUCGAAAACUAGCGGUCCGAAAUAAUCAAGAAGAUUUGGACUUAUAUUAUGAGAGAUUCCGAGAUCAAACUUCAAAAGCAUAAGGUUAAAACUUGCCGUGCCUGUCAUUUAUUUGAAGCAUCAUGAAGUGCAUAUUGUAUCUCUAGACUGCAACUGGUCUUCAUUGUCAGAUCUAUCAUGUAUUAAUUCACAAUUUGUACUGUAUUCAACUAUAAAAGAUGUAAGAUUCAAGGCUGUAUAUAUUAAAGUUUCAUGGUUUUGCAGGGGUCCAAAA